CGUUGGCGCUCGCCCCGGCCCGCAGCGCGCAGCGCGGCUCCCUCUCGGCGCCGCGGGCUAGGCGGGCUGCGGCUCCCCGAGCGGGCGGAAGAUGCUGCCGGGGUCCAUCCAGAUCUCCGGGGAGACGCUGUCGGGCGCGGAGAUCCGGGACAUCUGCGAGAGCCUGCGGGAGAACUCGGUGCGGCUGCUGUCGCUGCGCGGCUGCCAGCUCUCGGAGCGCGACUUCGGGCACGUCUGCCGGGGGGUGGCCGAGUCCCGCUCCCUGGCGCAGCUCAACCUCAACCUGGGCAUCGUCUCCAACAUCAACCGCGUCAAGCAGCUGGCCGAGGCCCUGAAGACCAACCGCUCCGUCCAGUCCCUCUUUCUCCAUGGGAGUCCCCUGACGGAUGCAGGCUUGGCUCUCCUCAACCCUGCGCUCUCCAUCCACCCCUCGCUGGUGGCUCUGGACCUGGGAGACUGCAUGCUGGGUGAUGAAGGCAUCAACCUCAUCUGUGGACUCCUGCCACCUGACGGGGCUAAGUCUGGCCUCAAGGAGCUGACACUGAGUGCCAACCCAGGUGUCACGAGCAAAGGCUGGGGCCGCCUGGCCAUUGCUGUGGCUCACAGCUCCCAGCUCCGAGUGCUGAACUUGGACUACAACCCCCUGGGUGACCAGGUAGCCGGGAUGCUUGCUGUUGCUGUGGCCUCCAGUCGAACCCUUGAAGUUUUGGAUUUGGAGGGAACAGGACUCACCAACCAAUCAGCCCAGACCUUGCUAGACAUGGUAGAGAAUUACCCCACGGCCCUACGGACACUCAUCCUGUCAGAGAACAACAUCAGUCCUGAGCUGCAGCAGCAGAUCUCUGACCUGCUCUCAGAGGGUGAGGAAGAAGAGGAAACAGAAGCUCGUGAAGUCACAGCCAGGGAGAAGAACCCCUGGAUCUGCCAGAACAAUCCCAGCUCCCAGAUGGUCUUGAUGACGUCAGGCCUCGGUGACAGCCUCUUAGCAGAAACAGAGAUGUAGCUGGGCUACUCUGCCUGCUUCUGCCAAGGAAAGUGCUGCACGCAUGGCACGCCGGGGUGCACACACCCACCAGCUCCUUGCCUCCAGUGAGCUGCACCCGGGGUCUCCUUACGCAUUUCACGUCCUGUCGAUGCUCCCUUGACUCUCUGAGUACUGGAGCCUGGUUUGAGUGAACCUCUACACAUCCGUGUCGCCACACGCCCCGUCGGCUGCUUGUGAUUGUCUGGUUGCUGCAUGUGUUACUCACACUGCCCUGCCUCUCCCCAUGCCUGGCCGCACCCUGCAGGACGCAGGCUGUAUUUAUUCAGAUGUGUAUAAGAGAUGGUCUUUCUAUUGCUUGUUCUGCUGUCACAAUCAGAGUUUUAUAAAGGUCACAGAUGUGGCACUGCUCA